AAGGCUUUUGCCUCAAAACUCCCCCCUCACAGUCAGGAGAUGAUGCACUCCCAUUUCCCAUUUCGGGCAUUCUCAAAUCUCAAUCAGUGCAGGCACAGAAUCCUUUGAAUCAACUUCUCCUAGAUAAUGUAAUGGAUAAUCAAAUUACCUUAAAAAGAAGAAUCCUGGUCGCAUGAUUUGACAGUGAUUAGCACAAAAUGCAUCUGGCUUCCCUCAUAAAUCCAACUUCUAAUUUUCCAUUACUCUCAAGCCGCACAACCACCACCUCUUUCAUUUUCAACCAUAGAAGAAAAAAAUCACAGUCCAAUUGCAUUAGGAGCCACCAGUCCACAAUACAGCAGAGGUGGACUCUUCAGGGCAUGACAGCUCUCGUCACUGGUGGUACUCGCGGAAUUGGGCACGCCAUUGUGGAGGAAUUGACGGGGUUUGGAGCCAGAGUGCAUACCUGUGCCAGGAAUGAACAUGAUCUCACCAAGUGCCUCAAGAAUUGGAAUGAUUCCGGUUUUGAUGUCACUGGCUCAGUUUGUGAUGUCUCAGUUCCACACCAGAGGGAGGCACUCAUGGAGUCUGUUUCCUCUCUCUUCCACGGGAAACUCAACAUCCUUAUAAACAAUGUUGGUACAAACAUUCGGAAACCAGUGACAGACUUCACAAGUGCAGAGUUUUCUACUCUUAUUGAUACGAAUUUGGGAUCCGUCUUUCAUUUAUGCCAACUUGCAUAUCCACUUCUGAAAGCAUCGGGAAUGGGAAGUGUUGUGUUUGUCUCAUCUGUUUCUGGUUUUGUCUCACUCAAGUCAAUGUCUGUUCAAGGAGCAACGAAAGGGGCAAUUAAUCAACUAACAAGAAAUCUAGCUUGUGAGUGGGCAAAAGACAAUAUAAGGAGUAAUGCAGUGGCACCUUGGUACAUCAAAACUUCAUUGGUAGAGCAGGUGCUCAGCAACAAAGAUUAUCUGGAAGAAGUGUACUCCAGAACUCCUCUUAGGCGCCUAGGAGAUCCAGCAGAAGUCUCUUCUCUUGUUGCCUUUCUUUGCUUACCAGCAUCAUCAUACAUCACUGGCCAGAUUAUUUGUAUUGAUGGAGGAAUGUCCGUGAAUGGUUUCUACCCAACAACACAGUUCUAAGAGUUGCAGCUUCUAUCAUGCACCUUCCUUACUAUUUUUUCUCUACACUUGCCAUUCCUGUGAAACAUUUGGCAUGGUGAAGGAAUGGCUCUCUACUUCCCUAUCAACUUGAAUAGUUUUAGAAUCUAAGAUAAUACAAGGAUAUGACAUCAUUUAAUUGAUUUUACUUGUAAUCAUAAAAAAAAUGUUCUUAAAAUAAAAAUUACAAGCAUUAUUCUGUAA